AAAUUCAUUUAAUAUUUGAGUUUACGGUCACCAAAAUAAUAAUAAUAGAACAUGUUAUCAAAUUUUGAAAAAAUUUAAAAAUUUAAAAAUUAUUUAAACAUGUUAUCCAAAUCCAAACUAAACUCUCAAAGAUAUGAACUGACGCAAAACUAAAGUUAUAAAUACUCAGAGUUGGACUUGAUGCUUUAAUGCACUUUAUAAGAAGAUUAUCAUGACACUAAGCAGGGUGAACAACACAAAAGUAUGCGUAAAUGGUUUUAAAGAUGCACAUUGGGCUACCUAGGAAAACUAAUUUUAUAAGGCCCAUUGGUUAAAACCUAUUAACAGCCCAGUUAGGGUGAUAAACAUCAUCAACCAUGAGCACAAAAAGCUAUUUAAACUCUUGGUUUGAAACCGCCUCAUGAACACGAAGCUCUGUAAGCAAGCUGUAAAGUAAACCUUUCCACCACCAGCGUCAAGCGUUCUUCGUCGUCGUGAUUAUCUGGUGAGACCAUAUAUCUACCCAAAUCGAAGAUCAAACCCUGAUUAGCCGAUCAUGACGCUGAAUUUGAGAUCCGUAAUUGCCCAGGCACAUCGAAGUUGGAGAUCGGUUGCGCCUCGCUGCAACUUCUCGUCAUCUACUCGUGAGUCAAAAAACGGACAAGGAAAAAGAGCUGUGUGUACUAUCUUCAUAAUUCGAGGUCUAGCAAUGGGUGUGGGAUAUGUCAUAGGGGAGGUUUAUUGGCACGAUUGGGUCCAAGAGAACCAGAGGAAGUAUGAUGAAAACAUUGAAUACUUUGAACGUUCCGAGAAGAUGUGGGCUCAGUUUGCGGCGGAAGAUCGACUGAGGUCACGAGCUGCUCUAGUGUCUGAUCGAAAUUCGGCUCGGUUCGGAUUUUGGAUAGUAUGCCCAUGAGUAAUUUUAGCUUUACCCCUUUCGAGAGAGAAGAAGCAAAACCUAAAUUCCUGAUCAUGCCGCCGAGUAAUCUGAGAGCCGUCGUUGCGCAGAUGUACCGGGGAGAGGCUACGAGGGGUUUGAAGAGUAGAGAUUCAUCUUUGGUGCCAAGGAAGAAGAAUCCUUCUGUUCUCCCAUGGGUGGUGGCUGGUUAUACAGUUAGCUUUGUUCGGAGUAAUGCUUCGUAUAUCUUCUUUUUCAUUACUUACAAUACAUACUUGUGAUUGCUUCUUUUUCCAUACCUCAGGUAGGAUGAAUUUACGUCGACGCCAGCGGAUGUUGGAUAAACAGAUAGAAUCAAACAAUUUGCUACGUGAACAGGUGAUGAAGGCGGAUUCACUCUAAUUCUAUGCGGGGAUUCUCUAAUGAAAUAAGAUCUUGUGAGCAGUAUGUGUUUUGGAUGCUCAUGUUGUCAAACCUUUAUGUUUUUUUUUUCUUUUUAAUGGGUUUGUAUUAUUAUUACAUCAACACUCCUCUAUUUUCAACAACUGAUUUGUCUUUUCAGUGCCGGACUCUUCUAUUUUCAACAACUGAUUUGUCUUUUCAGUGCCGGUCAUCAAUAAACCUUGUUUUUGGUACUU